UGGUGGGAGUGCAGUAAAAUAUUCUCGUAAUGAAAGUGUCACGAUCGCUAACCGUUGUAGGUUCACUGGCCCUCAUUCUUAGCAUCGUAUUCACCUACAAGUGGAUGACAUCAAAUCCAAAGAUCGUCUCUGUGAAGACCAGUAACAUAACCAAAGAACAUACAGAACUGAAGAACACAACAAAGAAAGAACAUCCGCUUCCAAAAAAAACCACCCAAAAGAAGACCAAUAAGCCUAAGAAACCGGUGAAAAAGCACAUUAUCAAAAGACGAGCUAAACCAGUGCCCCGUCAACCAAAAUUCAAGACGAAAAAGCUAAAAAGAAUUCCAGCAAUUCCCCUGUUGGACGUAUUAAAAGCAAAAAAUCAACCCCGGCCUGGACAAAGUGUAUUCUUCCAUGAAACCACCAAUUUCCGAAAGGACGAGAAGAUCCAGCUGAUCAAAUUGACGCCUCGGGAGGCAUGUGCCAUUGAAUCGGCCGCCCUUCACAAUCCACGCCUCGCUGUAUUUGUGCUUUUCGCAGGUGCCACCCAUCGAAUUUCAAAAGGAGAUUCCCUAAUCAAGGCCUUGAGUCAAUAUAACAACAUAAGAUUGAGACAUCUCAACGUUUGGAAAUAUGCAGCUGGCACUCCCAUCGAAAAAUGGCUAAAAGGUGGAAAGCUAUUCAAAUCGAAAUAUCUUUUUCCACAUGUCUCCGAUCUGCUGCGUUAUAUAACGUUAUAUAAAUAUGGUGGCUUUUACCUGGAUCUUGAUGUGGUGGUUCUGAAGAAUCUAGAGAAGCUGCCACCAAAUUUCACGGGCGCCGAGAGCAACAGAUCCUUGGCCUGCGGUGUUAUGAAAAUGUCCUCCACCGGUUUGGGCCACAAGUUGGCCUCCCAGUGUCUGCGGGAUCUGCAGGCCAACUACGAUGCCAAUAUAUGGGGAAGCAAUGGACCCGGGGUCAUAACCCGAGUUGCCAAAAAGCAGUGCAGCACCGACAGCAUCUAUAAAAUGAUUACGAAUCCUAAGCGAUGCAAGGGUUUCAAAGUCUACGAUCCGAAAGAAUUCUACGCGAUUCACUGGCUGGAGUGGAGGCAUUUCUUUCAGCCCAACAAAAUCAAUAUAACCAUGAAAAGAAUAUCCAAAUCCCCGGUGAUCCAUGUUUGGAACAAGUUCUCGCGGUUAUGGAAGCUCAAGACCAAGGAUAACUGUGCCUAUACCAAACUGGCUAAGUUACACUGCCCCAAAACAUUUGCAGCAGCUGGAAAAUUUUUUUGAGGGGCCAGUGGAUGCUGAA